AAGAACUCGUCUAUCGAGGGCAAGGGCGGCGAUGAAACGCGUCUCGACGGCUACAAGAUCAGCCUCGAAGGCAGUGCGCCUAGCGACUUUGAGACUGUGGACCUUACGGAACAAGUCACUCAGUCGCUGGCAGAGUGGGACACCAUCGUGAAGGGAAGUGAAAGUCAGGUGCAAGAGCCCGCAUCGGGCACAGUUGUCACUGUCGAGGACAUGGAUGAGUCCAGUUCUCUUCAGCCACAGCUGUCUACCGACUCGGGCAAUUCACCGCGAGCUGAGGCUCAACCGUUAGAAUUAACGUUUGAUCCUCAGACUCAGACUAUCGAUGAUUACGCUCGUAUUAUUCGCAAUGCUGGAAAGGCGAUGAAAGAAGCUCGCGCAGAAUAUCUGCGUGAAUUCGAACAUCUCCGCUUCCAAGUUGAGGGUUUCUGGCACCCGGAAGCAUCUCAGCCUCCGGUGGGCAGAAAUUCUGCUCCUACUGAUGUUUUUCCGUUGCCACCCGUUUCGCCUAACAGCUCAUUUUUCGUUAAUCAAAACACAGUUGAAGAGCUUACCGCUAUUCAACUUCGGGCAGUAUUCAAUUUCAUUAGCAAUAAUGAAACGGAAUACAUGCCACCUAAGCUCACUCAACUUAACCAAAUGAGCCUCGAAACCCGUGUGUCAGUACUUAGUAUCCUUAAUUCGCUUGAAUUGCUGAAAAGAGUUUCCGACAACGCGACGAAGCUCAUUCAACAGUUCGCGAAUUGGAGCACAGUAGUGCCAGACGGGUUACUUAGUUAUACUUCUCUCACCGCUUGGUCGCAAGAAAUGGUUCAUGCUCUCACCGCUAUCUCUGUUAAUAGGGAUAUCAUUCAAGAAGGUAUUUUUCCUUGUCUCGCUUCUGAAGAUCAUCGCGUUAAAUUGCAGUCAGGUCUUGAUCGUUGUGACGUUUCUAUGACGCGUAUUCAUUCUAUUCUAGCGCGUGCCUCAGGCAUCAGCGCAUUCUUGGUUCGCUAUCUACGCACCAUCGAAACGGCACAACUCAUGAUCAUGGCAGCAUUACCUGAAGGCGAGCUUGAAGCGCACUCAUUUUUAAGCGAUGUUCGCCAAGCUCCUCCAGGUGAUAUUCCGCAAGAUAUCGCUGUAUUUACCCAAAACCUUCAAUGGUGGAGGGACAAUUACAUGCACGCUCUUGAUCAUAGCCAGACGAAGCGUUUUGUUGACCAGGCAGUGCAACAGGUUGCUCAGUACGAACGUAGCCAACAACAGUCUACAUCUUCGUCACAGCAAUCUGCUGGUUCUUCUCAACAAACCGCUUCUACGGCAAAGUUUAAGUCUGGAGGUUUCCAGACUCAGCAGCAGUCACCGCAGCGUACUUUCCCUAGUAAAGGCUCUUCUCACAGCACUCCAAUUUCCGGUGGCCGCAUUUCCGCGCCUUCUCGGGAGGAUGGACCGCGUGCCUCAGGCAUCAGCGCAUUCUUGGUUCGCUAUCUACGCACCAUCGAAACGGCACAACUCAUGAUCAUGGCAGCAUUACCUGAAGGCGAGCUUGAAGCGCACUCAUUUUUAAGCGAUGUUCGCCAAGCUCCUCCAGGUGAUAUUCCGCAAGAUAUCGCUGUAUUUACCCAAAACCUUCAAUGGUGGAGGGACAAUUACAUGCACGCUCUUGAUCAUAGCCAGACGAAGCGUUUUGUUGACCAGGCAGUGCAACAGGUUGCUCAGUACGAACGUAGCCAACAACAGUCUACAUCUUCGUCACAGCAAUCUGCUGGUUCUUCUCAACAAACCGCUUCUACGGCAAAGUUUAAGUCUGGAGGUUUCCAGACUCAGCAGCAGUCACCGCAGCGUACUUUCCCUAGUAAAGGCUCUUCUCACAGCACUCCAAUUUCCGGUGGCCGCACUUCCGCGCCUUCUCGGGAGGAUGGACGUGGGUCCAUUGUGUCCCCCGGGUCGAGGAAACGCAGUCACGAUAGGUCCGGUGGAAGAGCUGUGGAAGAGCGUGACGCUAGGAGAAGCCGCUACGAUGAGCAGAUCGCCGCUAGUGAGGAAAGGCGUAGAAGGCAGGAAAGACCUAUUCCUUCACCGCCACCUCAAGAUAGGCCUAGCAGUAUUCAACCGCCUUGUGUAUUUUGCGCUCACACUGAUCAUUAUUCUGCUGAAUGUCACUAUUACAAGCGCCUCUCUGAAAGAGCAAAUAUGCUCCGAGAGUUGGUCCUUUGUAGUAACUGUCUUAAGCAGCAUUAUGGUGAGUGUUCUCGUUUAGAAAGGUGUCUAAUUUGCGCACAGAGAGGUCAUCACCAAGCUAUCUGUGUUCUAAAUAGACACGCCAUUGUCGAUAUCACUAUUCCAGCUGUCCGCUUCUACGAAGACGUUGGUAGAGACACGUACGUUCCCGGUCCAAGGGAAGCACGUGAACGCCAACGCCUUCUCAGUUCUUCCAGUAGGGAAGCAGCACCGCAACCGCGCCCACCUAGUCGAAGCCUUUCGAGAGGUGGACGUGGAAGUCGUCGCAGUCGUCCUUAUUAA